CUGGGGCUGUGAUUAUAACUUGUUCAUCUGUUCUCCAAAGGGUGUUAGAGGAGUAAUUUUACAUAGCUCCUUCCACUAGGAAAGAGUAGACGAGCAGGUUGGUAGGGAGUGAGCUCUCAUUUAGUUCUAGGGAAGAGUAGUCUAGUUAACUAAUGGGUGGUGAGCGUCUGUUAGCUAUAGUAAAGUUAUUCAGGAGUUUCAGGCUGGCUGCUGCUGCAGGAGGAACCUGCUGCUGCAUUUUUCUACAGUUCUCCUGAAAACAGUUUGUGUGUUUAUCUAUCUGUGGAGAGUUUUCUGUUACAGGACCAAAAAGAAUCAUCUUAUAAUCAUCAGACUGAAGCGAUGUGCAGACGAGUGUGGAGGGAACUUUUAGGAUAGGAUAGGAUAGGAUAGUACUUUAUUGAUCCCCAGAGGGGAAAUUCGGGCGUUGCAGCACUUUAGGGAAGUGAUGGUAGAAGUGAAAUAAAAAUAGUUCUCGGUAGAAGAAAGAAGGAAGGAAGUGAAGACAUUUCCCUUCUUCAUUUCAGAGUGUGUCUGCAAGUCAGUCGUUUUCUCUUCAGAGCGAGUCCAAAUCACAGAGAGAGAGCUCGAAACUAAGGAUGGCAGGCUGGGACAAGAAGCUUCUGUGGUGCUUCAUGCUCCUGCUGGCAGGUGCUGCUGCUCAACCUGUCAUGUAUCCUCCUCAUGUCUGUGCUGUGAGCGGAUCAACCGUCACCCUGCCCUGCACCUUCACACCAAACAACACUUUCAAUGGUACUGGAGUAGAAGUUCGGAUUCAAGUGAUCAGAGUCCGCUGGUGUCAGAACCAUCAGAUUUGUCAUGGCUCGACCCCCAACGUGUACGACAGCCGCUCACCCAACAACAACAACCAUCGUUACAAAUACCUGGGAGACCUGAAGAAGAACUGCACGCUACAGAUCAAAAACGUAAACAAGAUGGAGGACGAAGCGACUCUGCGCUUCAGGAUGGAAGUCAAUUACACUAUGGGACAUUUCACUGGAACAUCAGGAGUGAACGUCACCAUCACUGACAGGACUAAACUGAAGAUAGUGAGCUCCAGAGACAACAGACAAGUUGCAGAAGGUCAAACUGUAACACUACAAUGUUCUGCAAACUGUACGUUCAACCAGCUGGAGGUCUCCUGGUUCAGGGAUGGCCAGCUCUUGUCAGAGUCUGGACCAGCCCUCUUACUCGGGCCUCUGACUGCAGAGGAUUCUGGGAACUACACCUGUACGUUGAAGAUCAAACAACAUCUACUGUCUGAGCCGUAUAGUCUGAGCGUGAGGGACAAAGAGGAAGGACAGCAUGGUGACCUUCCUCUGAUAGUUGGCGUCGUGCUUGGCAUCCUUCUGGCUCUGAUCGCUCUCAUUGUGGUUCUUCUCAUCAUCAAAAGGAAGCGAGCAGCAGAGAAAAACCAGAGAGCUGUAGGAGGGGAGGAGCCACCAAGGGUUCCUGAUGAAGUCUACAGCAACAUUGUGACCUUUGACCCUCAGGGAGGAGGUGACCUCGACAUGGAGGACGUCAGCUACGCGUCUGUCCAGUUCCAACAGCAGAACCAGAGGAG